UCAGGCAGAGAGGACCAGCAUCCCACCACCACCCCUCCCCUCCCGUCUCUCUCCUCCUCCGCCUCACCGGGCUGCUGCUGUCUCUGUCCGCCGGCGCUGCAACCAUCCUCAUCACUGACAUGGAGACUCCAGGCUGCUGUCGCGCUUCCAUCUAGACGGGAAGUCUCAACUCGCAGAAUCAAGACGGGGGGCACAAUGAGUGAAGAGCCACCGGUCACCCCCAGCUGGCUGACCCCUGACCCCACAGCAUGGGCCAGUGGAGGCGGGGGCCCAAUGGAUAACAGCACUAUCCUGGGGACAUUUCCACCGGACGACUCCCUUUCGCCCAGCCAGCUGCCCCUGCUGGUCAACCCCUGGGACAUCGUGCUGUGCACGUCGGGGACCCUCAUAGCCUGUGAGAAUGCCCUGGUGGUGCUGGUGAUCUGGCAGAACCCAGCACUCAGAGCCCCCAUGUUCCUGCUGAUCGGCAGCUUGGCGCUAGCCGACCUUCUGGCCGGCUUGGGCCUGGUGCUCCACUUCACCUGUGCCUACCUACUUCGCUCUGACUCUGCCCAACUAUUGACCGUAGGCCUGGUGGUGGCCUCCUUCUCGGCCUCCGUCUUCAGCCUGCUGGCUAUCACGAUAGACCGCUACCUGUCGCUGUACUAUGCCCUCACCUACAACUCGGAGCGGACGGCGGCCUUCACCUACACCAUGCUGGUGCUGCUGUGGGGCCUCUCCCUGUGUCUGGGCCUGCUGCCGGUCACAGGGGUCAACUGCCUGGCGGAGGAGGCUACGUGCAGCGUGGUGCGGCCGCUGACGAAGAACAACAUCGCCGUACUCUCUGUCUCCUUCCUGCUGCUUUUCGGCCUCAUGCUGCAACUGUACGUCCAGAUCUGCAAGAUUGUGAUGCGCCACGCUCAUCAGAUCGCCCUGCAGCACCACUUCCUGGCCGCCACACCCCACUACGUCACAACACGGAAGGGCGUGUCAACGCUGGCCAUCAUCCUGGGCACGUUCGCCGCCUGCUGGAUGCCGUUCACUGUCUACUCCCUCAUUGCUGAUUACACCUACCCUCCGCUCUACACCUAUGCAACGCUGGUGCCUGCCACCUACAACUCCGUCAUCAAUCCGGUCAUCUACGCCUUCAGGAACCAGGAGAUCCAGAAGGCACUGUGGCUGGUGUGCUGUGGCUGUGUGCCCGCCAGUGUGGCCCAGCGUGCAAGGACCCCCAGUGACGUCUGACAAAGCAGACCCAGGUGGGAAGAGAGAGGCGCCCUGGGUCAGCUCUGCUCCUCACUGGGUCUGUCCAGUGUCACAGAGAGCAGUGUCAGAGGAGGAGGCCCAGGGAUGUGGCCCCAGCUCCUGCUGGAGGUGUCUCUGGCUGAGGCAGGUUGCCCACUGACCCACAGCCCGCCUGGAUAGAGGGUUUGGAUGGAGUUUCUCUUUCCUUUCUUACAAUCACCAUAGGGCAACGUAUCUCACUGUCUUCCCCCUGUAGAGACAGCCACUGCGCGGCCUGCAUCCCUCCCCCUCCCGUCCAGCCCGUGCCACGCCCUUCCUCUGUUCUGCAGAGAUGAGUGCAUCACAUGUUCCAUCCAUAGGAUGUGCAUACAGUUAACAGCACCAAACCUCUGGCUGACACGUGCUUGUUUUUUUUCUCCUCCAAAUGGGGGCAGGGAGGGGCGGGUUUAUUAUUAGUUUGCGCCCCUGUGCGUGCGUAAAGGCGCACGGGAGAUGAACAAAGCCGUGAGAGGGAGGGAGAGUAGAGAACACGCAGGCAUCUCCACAGUCAAGUCCGUCUGUCUGGAGCAGCAUCCCGGCUCUCUGCUGCUGCUGCUGCACUCUGGACGUGCGUCGAAAGCCAAACAGCGGCGGAGAGCUAAAAAUAGACCCGGCUCUCUCUGUGAUCCGCGCCCUGCGUCCUCCACCGACGCCGGGAAAGAAAUCAACCCGCCUCUCCUCCUUUUUCUCGCCUCUCCUCCUUUUUCUCGCCUCUCCCAGUUUUCUCUCUCUGGAUUGUACGCGUUUGUAUGUUUUUUAGCUGCAGCGCACGCGUCUGGGAAGAUCAAGACAAAGCCCCAGGAGACCCCCACAACCAUUUACCCCCACUCCUCCGUGUUUUAUUAGUAUAGAGGCCUGUUGGAUUAUGUAACCACCUUAUAUCCCUCCUCUUUCACCUUCUGAAUUAAAAUUAUUUCUUAUAUUUAAAUGGUUUUUGCUAUAAAUCCAUUGAAAUAGAGUGAUAUUGACCUGAAAGCAUUUUUUAAAAUGAUAACACAAAUGUCAAAAAGAAUGCCCCUAAAGAAGACAACAUCAACAUGACUGUGAUAAAAUCAAAAUCUCACGUGGCAUAAAUCUGAAUUCAAUUAAAUGUAUUUGGUGUCGUCCUCAUGAUAUCUGACCAUGAUGCAACACCUCAGUCUACUUUGCAUGCAACACGGAUUUCCCCCCUUUUCCUGCUGACUUCAGUGCAGAAGGUCACACAAGCCACUGGAGGCCAUGUGUCACCAUGACCCCAAUAAUCAAGUUACAAUGGUGACACAGACAGAUUUGCACUGUUUGCAAAACCCAGAAUUCUUGAUGUUUUUUGCUGCACCCAGCCGAUUUGUUUUUGAGGCGGUCUCGCAGCUCUUGCUUCUGUGAUCCUGCCUGAAAUGAUCUGUAAUUUGAAAGAAGCCCAAAUCACCACCUCUCACUCUCCACCAGCUGCUCUGAGUUAGUUUCCAUUUUAUACGUGCGAGCCCCCCCUUCCAAAAAACCCCACGACCCAUGUCAGCAAUAACUCGCCCAUCGUGAAUAGUUGUUACUUUUUGAUGCGAAGCAAUACUCAGACAGCAAUAACAUCCACGUUGAUCCACCAUGACUUCUUUACACCACGAAGGCCGCUCGGGUGGGGAGGACCAGGCUCCAGUGGUUCUCUGGCAAUACAUCUUCAAACGGGGGGGGGGACGAGAUCCAACAACUGCCUCAUUCCUCCACAGAGCUUCCCCCCCCCAAAAUCAGGCUUUGAUCAUUUGUCACACUGGGAUGGAUUUUAUUUUGUGGUUGUUCGUUACCUCUGCCUCUUGUGAG